AUGGCGGCCAAGCGCCGCAAGCGCUCCGUCGCCGAGCUCUUCGCCGCCGUGCCGCUGGUGCCCCGAGGCCGAGACGGCGGCCAGCAGGGGUCUGGGAAGGGGAAGAAGGCUGCCAAGAGGAAGGCGGAGAAGGACAAGGGAAAGCUAGUGCUCGCUGUCAGUGUUAAGACCAAGAAGAAGAAAGAGGUUCCGGCCGGGCCCGGGAUCGAUGUAAGAGAAAAGGUAGCGCAUUGCAUUGCAUCGACCGUCGAUUUGCUUUCCAUUUCUGGUAUUACGAUUUUGUCGGGCACAGUAGAAUGUUUGUAUUCUCCGGCAUGUACAGGAGAAAAACAGCGGGGUAAAGGUCAUGACUCAAUUAGCAUUUCUAGGUCAGUUCAGCAUUCCAUAAAAAAGAGGGAGCCCAAGAAUUGUUCUUCCAAGAAAAAGGAAAAGCAAGAGGUCUCAGUCUUACUGGACAAGAAAGGUAAGAAGGGAAACAGAAAGUCAGUUUCGGAAAGACACAAAAAGGAUAUGACAAACAGUGUUCAAGCUCAAAGCAUUUGUAAGAACCAGUCAAAAGCAGGUUUUAGCACAGUACUGAAUACCACAGAUAUGAGGUGUAAAUCGAAUUCUUCUUGCAAAUCAAAGCAUGUUACCUUUUCUGAUGGCACUGUCAAAUUUAGAAGGACUGCACAUCUACCUGAAGAUAAUACAAAGCAACCACAAUCUGUACAGACAUUCCAGCAACCCACUCAGGAAGGUUGUGAUCACCGCAAUACAGAUGAGCAACAGUUGGUUUAUCAACAAGCAGAAGCUAUAUCAGGGGCUGUUGAGACUACCAGUUCUUUAUCUGAAAAUUUAGUGCCAGUUGGUGUUUGCCGUACAAUCCCACUUACCAAACCAAAAGAUAUCACUAUACUGGGCAAUUCAGUGGAUCUGAACCACUGCAUAGAAACUUCUCAUGGCAGUAACUGUUUGAACUCCACAAGUUUGGCAUGCUUAUCUAGUAAGGUGCCUUGUCAAAGCUUCAAAGGUGUGGACUCUCAUCUGAAUGGUGACAAUAGCUUAAGUCUUGAUGUUGAGUGCCUUGGAGAACAGGACCAUAUGACUUCACAAGCAUCAUUUAAUCCUGUUAAUUUGGCAGCCAAGGCAAUAUCAGGUGAUAGGAGCCCAUUGUCACAGCCUUCCGGUUCUUGUUUAUAUGAUAGGAGCAGAAGCACAUUCCAGGAGAGGGCAGUUGCCUUCGGCAAAGUUAGUUCUGAGCUUCUUAGAUCUGGUAAUAUGGUGAGAAACAUAAGCUCCUCAACAGGAUCAAAUAAACCAGCACAAGCCGCUGAUUGUAUAUCUGCAUGCAGGAACAAUCACAACCGUGAUGACUAUGUCGGCCUUCCUAUUAAUUCACGAGCAGCUGUACGGGCUUUUGUGCCUGGUACCAGUAGUUUCAGAACAAAUGGUCACAAUCAGCAACCUGAACUAGCAACAGCCAAUAAUCGUUAUGUUCAGCCAGUGGACUGGCGCAACGAAAAGCAUGAGGUGGACCAUGAUGGGAUCAAGGCUGAAGGCUUGGAACAUUUGAGGAACUGCAGAAGACCAGCAGAAAAGGACGAUUUGCCCAUGACAUUACCAAAGAAACCUUGCACCGUCGCACAGAAGGGACUACAUAUGUUACGAUUUGCAGAAACGGGUUUGGAGUUCCGUGGAUCCAGACCAGAUGUGCAGCCACAGCCACAGCCUAUCUGUCUGGACGACGAAGAUGAAGCUGAUCUUCGACUUGGAAACACAGAAUCGCAUCCCACGUGGUCGAAAGCUGUCAGCACUCUGAGACCUGUGAAGCUGAAUCCGGGAGCGAAGCAUGUACAGCAGCCAAGUGGCAGCAGCGUGUACCAAGAAAAUCCCUGGCCUGUGCAUUCGGUUACACCACCACUAGCCCCUGGAGAACGAGUCUUCCAAGACGCCAGACGCAGAGAUGUAAAGUUCUUAGUGGUGUUUGUUGUAAGUGAAGCACCUGUAUAA